AUGAGUCUGACCGCCGUUGCCCGCAAUGCGGUGCCAACGCAAAGAGCCACCCUGCAUCCCCUUCCCCGACUUGCCGCCAACCGUCUAGGCCACUCCGCCCUGAACGCCAGACUAACCGGCGGACGUCUGCCCUCCCGCCUCCCCGCGCUGGCGAUCUUGAUCCCACAGCAGCGAUGGUAUGCCACAGAGCAAUCUACGACCCACGGUCCGGGAGUUCCUCCCAACUUCCCGCCUCCGGGUUUCAACGCCGAACAGGCUAAGCGUCCUCUCCCGAAAGAAGAAGCCUCCCCAAAACCUGCUUCGAGCACGAAAGCACCGGAUGCCGAGGCCUCACAAGCUGCAACACACACCAAAAAGGCCAAUCCCUCCGACACCUCCAAAGUGAUCUCUAAGCCCAAGGAGACGAACCUUGACGCGGAGGCGGCCGCGAAACAUGCCGUUGAAGAGUCAAAGGAGACCAAGAAGCUUACGCUCGGCCAGAAGAUCAAGAAGGAGAUCCAGCAUUAUUGGGAUGGCACCAAGUUGCUGGCCACCGAAGUCAAGAUCAGUACCAGAUUAGCUGUCAAGAUGGCUGCGGGGUAUGAGCUCACCCGCAGAGAAAAUAGGCAGCUCCAACGUACGGUCAAGGACCUGGGCCGUCUUGUGCCGUUCUCGGUGUUCGUGAUCAUCCCAUUCGCGGAGCUGCUCAUCCCCGUCGUCAUUAAAUUUUUCCCGAACUUUCUCCCAAGCACGUACGAAGGCCAGAAAUCCAAAGAUGCAAAGGCGGCAAGCCUGAGAGACACCCGAAAAGAGGUAUCUUCGUUCCUUCGCGACACCUUGAAAGAGACUGGUCUUCCUGUCAGCCCAACAAAUGCAAAGAAAGAGGAAUUUGCGGAGUUCUUCAGAAAGGUGCGAGCCACCGGUGAGGAUCCAAGCGCAGAGGAUGUCAUCAAAGUAUGCAAAAUCUUCAAAGACGAUGUCACCCUCGACAACCUUUCGCGACCGCAGCUCGUUGGAAUGUGCAAAUACAUGAACCUAAACACAUUCGGCACCGAUGCAAUGUUGAGAUACAAUAUUCGCCACCGGAUGAGGCAAAUCAAACGUGAUGACAAGGCCAUAUCCUUCGAAGGCGUUGACUCCCUCUUGGUGCCUGAACUCCAGACCGCCUGUGCAUCCCGUGGUUUGAGAACUCACGGCGUUUCUCCCGCUCGCCUGAGGGAGGAUCUCGGAAUGUGGUUGGAUCUUCGUCUUAAGCAGGGCGUUCCGUCAACGCUGCUCGUCUUGAGCAACGCCUACAUGUACACCCAACAGUCCCAGGACUACGAAAUUUCGUCACAGAUCGAUGCUCUCAAGGCAGUGUUGUCGAGUAUCCCCGAAGAACUGUUCCACGAGAUCGAACUCGAGGUUCACAAUGCCGAGGGAGCAGCCACAAACAAGCAGCGUCUCGAGGUCAUCAAGGAACAGGAAGAGUUGAUCGAGGAGGAGAAUGAGCAGAAUACCGAAAUCGAAGAGCAGGGAAUGCCCGCCCCCAACGAUAACCAAGAUAUCGACGAGAAAGAGGAUAGAGUUGCCGCCAGUAGUGACUCUGCCGAUGGUGCCAGCCAGCAACCCCAGGCAUCAGAAGCCUCUGAAGCGGAGGCGGACCUGUCCAAGCAACAAAAGGAGCGCAAGGCGGAAUAA